GGGUUGUGAUGUUUUCCAUAUAGCCUGUCAUUCACAGGCAACAUUGUCAUCUAGGAAUCUGCCUAAUAAUAAGAAAAUAAAGUAGCGUAUAAGUAAAAGAAACAAACAAACAAAAAAAACAAAAAACAAAAACAAGAGAAAACGAAAGAGAGUCACAUGAGGAACAUCACCUUAAAUGGCAGUAGACUAUAACGAUCAAAAACAUUGUAGAAGUAGCCUACACAACAGAUUUUGUGUACACAACAGAUUUAGGAAGACAGAUUUUGCAUCGAUUUGUGAUCGUGUUAAGAAGGGGCACACGAGUGUACGCGUGUAUUUUUUUUUUUUUUCAGAGAUUAUCCAUAACGCCUGGAUUCAUUAAUUUAGAGAAUGCUCAAGCUUGCGUAUCUGUUGUCAUGCUUGACAGUCGUCAGUGCAGGUUCUCACUCACUGAUGGCUUUGGCAACAUAUAUAGUUGGACAGACACCAUUUCCUGAGUUCAGUGCUGUGCUGCUGUUGGAUGAUCUGCAAAUAGGAUAUUAUGACUCUGUCACAUGGAAAGUUGUCUAUCGCACUAACAGUGAUUCAAAAUACUAUGAUGAAGAGCAAAGUGAUGCUGAUACUGUAUUUAACGCCAUGUAUAAUGGCAUGAAAACUCGUGAUUUUUAUGUUAAGAAACACUUAAAUCACACAGAUGGUGUACAUGUUCAUCAGAGACUUGCUGGAUGUGAACUGUUGAAUGAUGAUAAACCAGGUCAACUUCAUUUCUGGGAUGCUUUUGAUGAAAAAAGUAUGGAGGAGUUCACAUAUGACCAGGAAAAAAAUGAUAUUCAGAUGAAAAAGCCAUGGAUGAUACCGUGGGACCAAGUGAAACGGCGUCAUAUAAAGUAUCUAUAUGAAAUAUUUUAUUAUCCUAUUUGCAUUAAAGUUUUGCGAAGGUACCUGAAUAUGGAAAAGAACAAUGUGAUGAGAAAAGUGAAACCCAGAGUCAGACUCAUGAAGAAGACACUCCCAGACUCUCAAGGGCUUCAGAUCAGCUGUCUGGCCACUGGUUUUUACCCCCGUCACAUUAACCUGACUCUGUUCAGAGAUGAUCAGCCUGUGGAUGAUGAUCAUAUCACAGGAGGAGAGAUUCUGCCCAACGGAGACAGAACUUACCAGAUGAGGAAGAGUUUGGUGAUCAGCGUAGAAGAACAACGUGAAAGACACAAAUACAACUGUACAAUGAAGCACCUCAAUCUGGACAACAAACUGGACAUUACGUUUGUUUCAGAUGUGGCUGAAUCUGACCCAGGAUCCUUCAGUCUGUCUGUAGUUAUCAGUGUGCUGAUGUUAAUGUGUGUGGCUGUUCUCAUCAUAACUGCACUCAUCAAAUGGAGGAAGAAGAGAUGUGCUGCUGGACGAGUCUCCGAGAUGUCACAGUGUAAAUACUCCCCUACUCCAUGUAAGUACAGUAUGAAGUAAUAUGAAUUCAGCAACAUGUUCAUUUUAAGAUUCAUUUGAAAAACUUUCUAGAAAGGAAAUUAUUUUCUUUAUUUCAGCUUCAAGAUGAGGUUGAGACAAUGUGUGCUAAAAAAAAAAAAAAAAAAAAACUCAGCAUUUGCUUUGUCGAUGCUAUUUGGGCAAUGCUAUGAUAACAACUUUCAAAAUGAUAUUUGAUUAAAAUAACAAAGGAACUCUGCACAGACCCCAAUGACCAGCAUGAAGCAGAAUGAACUGGAUUAAAUAUUUUGAAUGCUACAGAUUUCCACAAUCUGACUUGUGAUGCAUCCUGAAUCAUAAUCAUAUCACGUUUGUUUGUUAGAGGAGAACUGGCUCUCCGACUGAGGUUGGCUUCUCCCAAGGUUUUUUCUCCAUGUCUGUCACCUGAAGGAGUUUGGGUUCAAUCGUAUUGAAUCGUUAUUUUCCUGUCCAUCAUUGUAAUGCUGCUUUGAAAAAUCUGUAUUGUAUUAAAGCUACAAUAUGUAAAUAUUUCGCCGCUAGAGGUCGCCUAUUUUAAACAAAGGUGUAGCUUGAUGACGCCGAGUUUGAGCGUGGAGUCUUGGGAAAUGUCGUCUUCACAUCACAUCCAGUGGAAAAGAAACGGGAUGGGAUUCGAGCAGAAAUCAUAUUCAUGGAUGAGAUUAUUAACGUUAAUGUAGAAGCAGAGCAGGGCCGAGUGAUGUUGGAGCUGAAUGAGGCCGCUGGAGCAAUUGCUAAUGAGAGAUGAGCAUGACACACAGCUCGAGAGCAGCGGAACUUUUAUUUUGCCACAGUCGUCGAUGCUGCUUCUUCCGGUCAAGCAUCUGAGGUAACACAGCGCUGUUUAUCAUAUUAGAUACAUUUGACUGUAUUGAAAAUUAUGUUAUUACGUUAAUGAUGUUAUGAUGUUCACUCAGCGGCUGCAAAACACUUGUUGAACACUGAAGUAAGCUAGAUUGAUUCUAGAAUAUCAUAUUAAUUAAUAAAUGCUGGAUGGCUUGUGUUGAUAAAUGGCACGCAAUUAAUUAAUUAAUAACAUUGUAUGACGGAGAAAAUGCUGUAUUAGUUGGCUACU